GACGAACAACCACGUCGGCGGCGGCGCCUUCGGCUCGGACUCGCCCAGGGCUUUCCCCAGCAGCCUGCCUCCCGGGGCCGCGGCCGCCCCCGCCCCGCUCAGGGCCAACCACGCCAACCACACGGGCGCCAAUCACACCUGCCUGAAGGGCGCGUACGGCCCGCGGGAGCGCUCCGAGCCCGAGGAGGAGCUUCUGCAGCAGUUCAGGCGCGAGGAGGCCUCGCCGCCCGGGAGCUUCAGCGCUCACUACCUGUCCAUGUUUCUCCUGACGGCCGCCUGCCUGUUUUUCCUGAUACUGGGACUCACUUACCUGGGCAUGCGAGGGACGGGAGUGCCCGAGGAUGGAGGGCUCAUAAAAAACCCAUUUGAUGAAACAUUUGGAAAAAUACAAGAAAGUGAGAAGAAUCUUAUGAUGAGCACAUUAUAUAAACUUCAUGAUCGAUUGGCACAGCUUGCAGGAGAUCAUGAAUGUGGCAGUUCUAGUCAAAGAACACUUUCUGUUCAAGAGGCAGCUGCAUAUUUAAAAGAUUUAGGUCCUGAAUAUGAAGAUGUAUUUAACACCUCAUUGCAGUGGAUUUUAGAAAAUGGGAAAAAUGUUGGAAUAAGGUGUGUUGGUUAUGGGCCUCAGGAAGAAUUGAGAAAUAUAACUGAUGUGCAGUUUUUACAAUCCACAAGACCACAGAUGUCAUUUUGGUGUCGUUUUCGACGUGCUUUUAUUACUGUAACCCACAGAUUAUUAUUGUUAUGCUUAGGUGUAGUGAUGGUUUGUGUCGUUCUGCGUUACAUGAAAUACCGUUGGACAAAAGAAGAGGAGGAAACAAGACAGAUGUAUGAUAUGGUAGUAAAGAUUAUAGAUGUUUUACGAAGUCAUAAUGAAGCUUGCCAGGAAAAUAAAGAUUUACAACCUUACAUGCCCAUUCCUCAUGUGCGAGACUCCUUAAUACAGCCCCAUGACAGGAAAAAAAUGAAGAAAGUCUGGGAUAGAGCUGUUGACUUCCUUGCUGCCAACGAGUCUAGAGUUCGCACGGAAACACGAAGAAUAGGAGGUGCGGAUUUUCUAGUUUGGAGGUGGAUCCAGCCCUCUGCAUCCUGUGAUAAAAUAUUAGUAAUUCCUUCUAAAGUAUGGCAAGGCCAAGCAUUUCAUUUAGAUAGAAGAAAUUCACCACCAAAUAGUUUGACACCAUGUUUAAAGAUUCGAAAUAUGUUUGAUCCAGUUAUGGAAAUAGGGGAUCAGUGGCAUUUGGCAAUUCAAGAAGCAAUUUUAGAAAAAUGCAGUGAUAAUGAUGGCAUUGUUCACAUUGCAGUAGACAAAAAUUCUCGUGAGGGUUGUGUAUAUGUUAAAUGUCUGUCUCCAGAAUAUGCUGGAAAGGCUUUCAAGGCUUUACAUGGCUCUUGGUUUGAUGGGAAAUUGGUUACAGUAAAAUAUUUACGACUAGAUAGAUACCACCAUCGCUUUCCCCAAGCUCUUACUUGCAACACUCCCUUGAAGCCAUCAAAUAAACACAUGAACUCUAUGUCUCAUCUUCGCCUUCGGACGGGCCUAGCCAGUUCUCAAGGAAGUUCCUGAAAAGACGCUCGUCACUCCUAGGACUGUUAUUUACAGUGGGAAAAUUCCUGUUUCGCUUCCUGUCUUCCUUUCUAAAUGCUUUUUGUAUGUAAUAUUUUUAUUGCUCAGUACAGCUCUGUUUGAGAGUUCCAGAAAUCUUAAGGUUCCAAAGGGAUUUAACAGCGAGGCAGCAAUACUAAGUAGGUAGAAUAAUUAUUUCAUUCAGUUUUUGGAGCUCAGUUAAGCCAGUGCAUUUAAAGUUUUGCAUGGGGAACACUGACUUUAUACACAUUUUCGGAUACGGUGGUUAUAUUUUUGCACCAAGAAAGUGCUUGGGUAACCACACAAAAGCAUGGUGAAGAGACUUCUUGUAUUUCCAUAAUUUCUUGUGAGCUAAUGUGAAUUUUUAUAUACAGUCAUCUGCAUAGUUCCUUACAGGCUAAUGUGGUAAUACUGUUAAUUGCCAAUUUAAUCUUAGGUUUUUAUUGCUUGUAAGAGAUUCAUUUACUACAGCUGGAAAAUGGGAAAGCUUACUUGGUUUUAAUGGCUACAUAUAUGUGUAAGUGGAUGUACAUGUACUUAAACUGGCUUUUGUAUAUAUGUAUAAAUGCUGGUUGUGGUGAAAGUAGUCUUGUUUUGUGAGGAUGUCUGCAUAAGCAGUAAAAUAAGCUUUCUAUUUUAUUCAUAAUUUGUAUAUAUGUGUGUAUAUAUAUGAAUAUGUGUAUAUAUGUGUAUACACACAUACAUAUACACAUACAUAUAGCUAUACUAUUACAUAGAUUAAACAACUGAACACCUGGAAGUAUUAGAUAAGAGCUUAAAAUAUCUUUUAUAGAUUUUUAUAUUAAAACAUCUGAGUAUGAUUUUGUGUGAAAGUUCUGACACCAGUUGUAGUAGAUUCAGAUUUAUGUGAGCAAUAAAGGAACAAUUGGCAGAUAUUGGAAAUAUUUUGUGAAAAGCUGUAUUUAUUAAUACUAGGGCUGUGACAUAGUGCUGUUGGGAUUAAGUGAUUUUCUCAGUCUAUUUAUAAUUUAAAGAAAUAUUAUCAUCCUGUUACAUGUCAAGUUUAAAGCAGGGCACGUUGUUCCAGCAAAGUGUAUUAGACAAAUUAUAAUUGUAAUUUUGGGUCAUGAAAGUCUGCAAUAUAGUAAAUGCACGAAUGACCAUUGGUUUGUGCCUCAGUAUUUAAUUUGUUCUAAGAAAGUUACUUUAUUAUUGUUUAUGAUUUCAGAUUAAAAUAGUUGCUGAGCAAGGUUUACUUGUUACCUUAGCAACUGGCUUUAAAAAAAAUAACCAGUUAAUAUAUCAUUGUCAGUUCAAAUGAGUAUGUGAAACAGCUGGAAUUGUACCCAUUUUGACUUUGUUUAACCUUUAGUUGCCUUUUUUGUUUUAUUGUACGUGUUGGGUUUGCAGCAUGAACUUGCACAGAUACUGCACGUGUUCUGGUUAAGUAAACAUGAUGCACACUCUUCUCUAACAGAAAACCCUACUGUGCCUUACUGUGUGCUUUUGUGGGCACCAUGUUUAUGAAGAAUAAAAACGACUUGUUAUCUGAAGAGAAUAAAUUUUAAAAUCUCAGUUUAUGUCUCAUGCUAAUGUGUGAAAAUAUAAAUAUAUAUAAUAUAUAAAGUAACCGAUCUUUCUGUAUUUUAUGUGCAUCAUAGUGAUUUAUCUGAGCUUAGUGAUCGCCACCUUGUAACCUGUUGCAAGAGUGAAUGUAAAAAAUAGUUGUGACAUUUUAACAGGUCGCCUUUUGAUGCAGAUGCAUCGUUUUCUUGCUUCUGAAACAUAUUUCAUGUAAACAUUGUACAUUUAUUAUUGUAAAAUAUACUAUUAUGCAGCUUAUUUUACCUGAAACUGUUAAGCCGACCAAGAUUCCUCCCUGCAAGACAGAUGGGAAUGUGUAUAAUAAUUAGAUAUUUGAGAAGUUCUGAAGUUUGAUGUAAUCUGUUACUUGUCCUGUUUAAAAAAAGGAAAACAUUCUAAUUAAAAAUUUAUUAGGUUUUUUAAAAUG